AUGAAUUCAAUUCCCUGUCGGAUGUCGGCUGGUAUGGAAGCGCAUAUACAUUGGCAUCAUUGCGUCCUGGUCGCGUGCGUUCUACGCUUUGAGGUUGGAUCUGCAGUCUGCGGAGCAGCGCCUAGCUCGGCAGCUUUUAUUGCUGGAAGAGCAAUCGCCGGAGUUGGUGCGGCCGGUAUCUUUUCUGGAUCUAUCAUGUGUAUUGUCUAUGCUGUUCCUUUAGAGAAGCGUGCUCAGAUCCAAGGUCUAUUCGGAUCUAUUUUUGGCAUUGCUUCCAUAGUAGGACCGCUGAUUGGCGGUGCAUUUACCUCAAAUGUAACCUGGAGAUGGUGCUUUUAUAUCAACUUGCCGUUCGGUGGCGUGGCAGUGGCUAUCAUCAUCUUCUGUCUGAAGGUGCCUGAUCGAGAUACGACCAAGCUGGUCUGGAAGGAUAAGGUUUCACAACUGGACGCUGUUGGUACUGUGAUCCUAAUAUCCUGUAUGUUUCAAUCCAUCACCGCUGUCUCUGCCGUGGAGUCUAGCAUCCGCCUCCUCCCACUGAUGCUAGCCGUGGUCCUCGCAUCAAUUGUCGGGGGCCUCGCCACUCAAAAAGCCGGAUACUACACGCCCUUCGCUAUUGGCGGAUCCUGGAUAAUGACCAUCGGGGCCGGCCUCCUCACAACUCUCCAGGUCGACACCAGCGAGGGCAAAUGGAUCGGAUAUCAGAUCCUCUACGGAUUCGGGAUGGGUCUCUCCUUUCAGGCUCCCAAUCUUGCUGCACAGACUGUUCUUCCAGCCGCAGAUGUCCCGAUCGGCUCGUCGCUGAUGUUCUUUGGGCAGCUUCUCGGAGCGACUAUAUUCAUCUCUGUUGGGGAGAACGUGCUGGAUAAUCAGCCGGUUAGUCGCCUUUCGGGUAUGCCGGGUUUUGAUCCGAAAUUUGUCACGUCGGGCGGCGCUACGUCUUUGCUUGGUUUGUUGCCGGAGGGACUACGGGGUACGGCUCUUGUGGUUUAUUAUGAGGCGCUGAGAUCUGACGAUGAGGAUUCCAAGGGAACAACGAAGAAGCUAGAGAAUGAGGCCGUGUAA